AUGAAAAAGCAAGAUGGAAGUUGGAUUGAGAAGGAAGAUGCUCUAGCUGAGGAAGCAACCCAAUUUUAUCAUCAUCAGUUUACACAGGAGGAUAUCUCUUCAGAUUUCUCAUUGCUGCAACAUGUUCCUAAUAUGUUUACUCAGGAGGAAAAUCAGGUACUUACUAGCAUGCCAACUCUAGAAGAUGUUAAGAAGGCCAUUUUUGAUCUGUCAGGGGAUAGUUCAGGUGGUCCAGAUGGUAUGAUAGGAGCAUUUUACCAAGUAUGCUGGGAUAUUGUGGGGGCUGAUGUAUAUAAUGUAGUGAAAGUCUUCUUUGAAGAACAAACUCUGCCAAAGUCCAUAGCUCAUACAAAUCUGGUUCUAAUCCCAAAGAAUAAUAAUGUUGAGACCUUUGCAGAUAUGAGGCCCAUAAGUCUAAGUAAUUUUAUUAACAAAGUGAUCUCUAGGGUGGUGCAGAAUAAGCUUGAAAAUAUUUUGCCUUCUUUGAUAUCUCAUGCUAAUCGAUCCUCCGGUUUUGUAAAGGGAAGAUGUAUCAUUGAGAAUGUACCGUUAACUCAAGAGGUGGUAUCAGAUAUAAGAAUUAGGGGAAAACCAGCUAAUGUGGUGCUUAAACUGGAUAUGGCUUUGGCCUAUGAUAAAAUGUGCUGUCUGAACUCUUUAUUUGAGGACAAUGGCUUUAGAAGCUAUGGAAUGCCUAAAUGGAGUGCUAAUUUAAAUCAUCUUGCUUAUGCAGAUGAUACUAUUAUAUUCUCAUCUGCAAAUGAUACUUCAUUGCAGCUGAUCAUGGGAAUAUUACAGGAGUAUGAGUAG